CGUCUCUCUCCCUCUCCUCUCGCUAUAGAGGGCUCCAACAGCAGUUCCCAGCCAGUGUGCUCAGCCAGCCUGCCUGCCUCUGUGUGUGUGUGAGCGUGUGUGCGUGCAUCUACUUUGUACGGUGAAGAACACGGUCCAUGUGCUCUGCAUGGACGUUACUGAUACUCUGUUGAGCUUGAUUUUCGACAAGCAGGCAAGAUGUCCAGCACACCACAUGACCCCUUCUAUUCUUCUCCUUUCGGCCCAUUUUAUAGGAGACACACACCAUACAUGGUACAGCCAGAGUACCGAAUCUAUGAGAUGAACAAGAGACUGCAGUCUCGCACAGAGGAUAGUGACAACCUCUGGUGGGAUGCAUUUGCCACUGAGUUUUUUGAAGAUGACGCCACAUUAACCCUUUCAUUUUGUUUGGAAGAUGGACCAAAGCGAUACACCAUCGGCAGGACCCUCAUCCCCCGUUACUUUAGCACUGUGUUUGAAGGAGGGGUAACUGACCUGUACUACAUUCUCAAGCACUCCAAGGAAUCCUACCACAACUCGUCCAUCACGGUGGACUGCGACCAGUGCGCCAUGGUCACCCAGCACGGGAAGCCCAUGUUUACCAAGGUCUGUACAGAAGGCAGACUGACUUUGGAGUUCACCUUUGAUGAUCUCAUGAGAAUAAAAACGUGGCACUUUACCAUUAGACAAUACAGAGAGUUAGUCCCAAGAAGCAUUCUAGCCAUGCAUGCACAAGACCCUCAGGUCCUGGAUCAGCUGUCCAAGAACAUCACCAGGAUGGGGCUAACAAAUUUCACCCUCAACUACCUCAGGUUGUGUGUAAUACUGGAGCCAAUGCAGGAGCUGAUGUCGAGACAUAAGACGUACAACCUCAGCCCACGAGAUUGCCUGAAGACCUGCUUGUUCCAGAAGUGGCAGCGGAUGGUAGCGCCCCCAGAACCCACCCGACAACCGACGACUAAACGGAGAAAAAGGAAAAAUUCCACCAGCAGCACUUCCAACAGCAGCGCCGGGAACAACGCGAACACCACCGGCAGCAAGAAGAAGACGCCGGCGGCGAACCUGAGCCUGUCCAGUCAGGUACCUGAUGUGAUGGUGGUAGGAGAGCCAACUCUGAUGGGAGGAGAGUUUGGGGACGAGGACGAAAGGCUAAUCACUAGAUUAGAAAACACACAAUAUGAUGCGGCCAACGGCAUGGACGACGAGGAAGACUUCAGCAGUUCACCCGCCCUGGGGAAGAGCAGUCCAUGGAGCAGUAAGCCACCUGCCACUCAAGAGACCAAAUCAGAAAACCCCCCUCCCCAGGCUUCCCAGUAAGAUGAUCUGCACCAGGAGGCAUCGUCAGUAGGCCAGUGGGUUGGCGUCAUUAUUGCAGAUCUUUUCAUACAGGCAAGAAAAGAGGAGACAAACAAACUUUUCCACGCAGAUAUCUAUUUCUAAACCACCAUGAUUCGAUUUUCUUUCUGUCUGUCUCUGUUUUCUUCUUCCUUUUUUUUUUUUUUUUUUUUUUAAUUGAAAGGAUCGUUCCAAAUAUGCUUCCAUGACCGUUGCUUGGAGGCCUUCACAGGUAAUACGGAUACUGGCACUGAUCGUAAUUAAAAUGAGAAAAAUGCUAGUGCAUCUCCUGGCACAUCCAUAACACAUUUGCGUUGAAUUUCUUUUUAUGCAUCAAAUGAAGGCCAUAUUGUCAACCCGUCCUCAGUGCUCAGGAUCUCGUUAAUUAUGCCGAACCUAACUACAGGUGACUUUUUAAUAUUGUAAAAUAUUUUCUGCUUUUAGACUUGCAUCUGAAAGUUUCUUGUUUCAGUAAAAAAAGAAAAGAAAAAAAAUCAGCUUUUGGAAUGUAAUUUAAAUGUACCUUUAUUUUUUGCCUUCGCAUUUUCUUUCAUUGGGUAACAGCUCUGAGGGCCCAGCAAGGAAAUUUAUGGUCAACCUGGUGUCCAUUUGUUCUUGGGCAAUUUAGCCCAAGUGCUGUAACAAGAAAUGUCUUUUGUCAUCAAAGACAUGAAGGCAGAUUUUUGUGUGAAGAAAGGUGCUUGGCCCCUUGAGAAUUUAUGCUUUUGUAAAAUUGCUGUUGAUCCAAAUGUUUUCAAGCCAUGUAAUCCAUUAAUUUUGUGGGCAGUUUAAUAAAUCUGAAACUUUUUUUGUGUGUUUUUUUUUAAAUUGUAUCUCAGUUGACUGCUCUUUCUUUUCAUAGUAUAUUUCCUGUAUAAUAUUUUGUAAAGCCCUCAACUGGUUCUUUUAUGGGGACUUUUCUUUUUGGGACAAUUCCAGUGUAUUUAUGUGAAACUUUAUAAAAGAACUAAUUUUUCCAUUUGCAUAUUAAUAUGUUCCUCUACACAUGUAAAGACACAGUGGCUCAGUGUGUUAUAAAACAGCUGUAUUUUAUGUAUGCUUUACUGAUAAGUGUGCCAAUAAUAAACUGUAUUAAUGACCAAA